AUGGCAGAUAAGUUAAGAGAAAAGAAUCAAUACAAUUUACUCAAAUCCAAGUAUGGCUCUAUUGGAAACCCAGAUACUACAGAUACAACGGAAUUUUUAACAAAUAUUCAUAAAGACACUAUAUCGUCAUUAGCCCAUCACUCUCAACUUUUGCUAUACAAUUCAAUUGUCCUUAACCAACAUCCACAUUUACUUAAACAAGAGCUAAUCAAGAAAAUAAACAAAACCAAUGCAUCAAAAAAUUAA